AACUCUGGACUGACUCAAAAACUCCGCCCCCCGCGAUUCUUCCCCGCCUCUCGGCGUCCAGACAGACAGUAGGACAACCUGCCCCGCCCCCUUUGGGAUCCCCUAACUCCGUGACCUCGAGCUUGCCCGCUGUCGGGUCUAGGUCGGCGACUCUGCCCUCACGCACACCUUCCUCCGCUCAGCCCCUGCCUGUCUUACUCUGUCCUCACCCUGUCCCCUCAGGGCAGGUUAGCAACCUUAGACGCUCCUGGAUCGCAGACCCCCAGGCUAGGGUGCUUGGCGCUCAGCGCCUUUCUCUGUGUCCCGAAAGUGCUCAACAGAUCUGCUACGCUUUCCUGAACCAUCAAGCGCCCGAGAGGCACCUUUAAGAUGCCUUUUAGGUGAUUAAGUUAGACAAAGCCAUGAAAGGAGGCUAUUGCAGUAAUCCAGUUGGGAAUCCUAACCAGGUCUCCUUUCUCAGCCUUUCGCAGGCACACCCUUUGCUGCAGGUCUCAGAUUAAAUCAGUUCCUUCAUUCCCUUAUUGGGAGAAUGCUAACGGCUUAGACCUGGAAUGAAGAGAACCGAGUUGAGGGAGAAUAAGGGACAUUAGGAUUAGUCUCUAAGAACCUGUAGGCAGGAGGAGGGAGGGUGUUUGUCCUGGGUGGGGCUGUGUGCCAGGUCCUCUGGGUGGCUGCGAAGCGGCGAGAGAGAAGGGGUGGGACUGCCGGACUUCUGGACUUUGGGCAGUGCGGAGCCCUCUGAAUCCUUAGUUGCAGUCCAGAGUUUCUUCCGGGCUCUGGCCUGGGAGCUGCCUGAAGCCAAGGGCUCUGCUCUCUACACAGCCCAGGAUGUCAGGCCUGGUGUUGGGGCAGCGGGAUGAGCCUGCAGGGCACCGGCUCAGCCAAGAGGAGAUCUUGGGCAGUACCAGGUUGGUGAGCCAAGGGCUGGAGGCCUUACACAGUGAGCACCAGGCUGUGCUGCAGAGCCUGUCCCACACCAUUGAGUGUCUGCAACAGGGAGGCCAUGAAGAAGGGCUGGUGCAUGAGAAGGCCCGGCAGCUGCGGCGGUCUAUGGAGAACAUCGAACUGGGACUGAGUGAAGCCCAGGUGAUGCUGGCUCUGGCCAGCCACCUGAGCACGGUGGAGUCUGAGAAGCAGAAGCUGCGGGCUCAAGUCCGGCGGCUCUGCCAGGAGAACCAGUGGCUCCGGGAUGAGCUGGCAGGCACGCAGCAGCGCCUUCAGCACAGCGAGCAGGCCGUGGCUCAGCUGGAGGAAGAAAAGAAGCAUCUGGAGUUCCUGAGGCAGCUGCGCCAGUACGACGAGGAUGGGCACAGCAUGGAGGAGAAGGAAGGAGAUGCCACCAAGGAUUCCCUGGAUGACCUCUUCCCCAAUGAGGAGGAGGAGGACUCCAGCAAUGGCUUGUCCCGUGGUCAAGGUGCCGCGGCGGCACAGCAGGGUGGCUAUGAGAUCCCUGCGAGGCUGCGCACCCUGCACAACCUGGUCAUCCAGUAUGCAGCGCAGGGCCGCUAUGAGGUGGCCGUGCCGCUCUGCAAGCAAGCGCUGGAGGACCUGGAGCGCACAUCUGGCCGAGGGCACCCUGAUGUGGCCACGAUGCUCAACAUCCUGGCUCUGGUGUACCGGGACCAGAAUAAGUACAAAGAGGCUGCCCAUCUGCUGAAUGAUGCCCUCAGCAUCCGGGAGAGCACCCUGGGCCGGGACCACCCAGCCGUGGCUGCCACACUCAACAAUCUGGCCGUGCUAUAUGGCAAAAGGGGUAAAUACAAGGAGGCAGAGCCACUGUGCCAGCGGGCGCUGGAGAUCCGAGAAAAGGUCUUGGGCACUGACCAUCCAGAUGUGGCAAAACAGCUGAAUAACUUGGCCCUCCUGUGUCAAAACCAGGGCAAGUACGAGGCAGUGGAACGCUAUUAUCAGCGUGCACUGGCCAUCUAUGAGAGCCAGCUAGGGCCGGACAACCCAAAUGUAGCUCGGACCAAGAAUAACCUGGCUUCCUGUUACCUAAAGCAGGGCAAGUACUCUGAGGCCGAGACUCUGUACAAAGAGAUCCUGACCCGUGCCCAUGUGCAGGAGUUUGGAUCUGUGGAUGAUGACCAUAAGCCUAUCUGGAUGCAUGCUGAGGAGCGGGAGGAAAUGAGCAAAAGCCGACACCGUGAGAGCGGCACCCCCUAUGCAGAGUACGGAGGGUGGUACAAGGCCUGCAAAGUGAGCAGCCCCACAGUGAACACUACUCUGAGAAACCUAGGAGCUCUGUACAGGCGCCAGGGCAAGCUGGAGGCGGCUGAGACCUUGGAGGAAUGUGCCCUGCGUUCCCGGAAACAGGGUACUGACCCCAUCAGUCAGACCAAGGUGGCAGAGCUGCUUGGGGAAGGAGAUGCUAGAAGGACCGCCCAGGAGGGCCCUGGAGACAGUGUGAAGUUCGAGGGAGGUGAAGAUGUGUCGGUGGCCGUGGAGUGGUCAGGGGAUGGCAGCGGCACCCUGCAGAGGAGUGGCUCUCUGGGCAAGAUCCGGGAUGUGCUCCGUAGAAGCAGCGAGCUCCUGGUCAGGAAGCUGCAAGGGACUGAGCCUCGGCCUUCCAGCAGCAACAUGAAGCGGGCAGCCUCGCUGAACUACCUGAACCAACCGAAUGCAGCCCCACUCCAGGUUUCCCGGGGCCUCAGUGCCAGCACGAUGGACCUUUCUUCAAGCAGCUGACAUUCACCUCCAACCCCCAACUUCUGCUGGAUCUCCACAGCCCUCACAGCAUUCCCCAUUGCUUCUGUCUCUUCCCAACCCAAUGGGAUGGUGAAGAGGGAGCAGUUUCAAUGAAAGGUUGCUGCCUCUAGGGUCUAGGCCCCUUCCUCAGGAACCCUCCCUUUGGAAGGGCCCUCAGGAUGUGCUCUCUACCUGGAGGGUCCUCUAAGUAGUUCACUGAGGCUCCCAAGGUGGGUUAAAAAGCAGGUAUGCACCUCAGGGAUGCCUGCUGCUGGCUUUUCUGUCAGAGUUUGGGGCUGGACAGCUGAGCUGCCUUGCCCUGGCCUCUUCCAUCCCCUGCCCUCUGCUGCCUCACUCCAGGUCCAUGUAUUUCACAGUGUUUCUUUAAUAAAAGAAUCAGGUAACGUU